UUACAUAAUUUCUAAUUAUUAAUUCUUACAAAGUAUGCUGGUAUCACAUUGCUUUUUGUAAUUAAAAAUGAAAAACAUGUCUGUACCUUGAUUUGCAUGAAGGAAGCUAUUGCUGUCAACAUUUUCCCACUACCAUUGUUAUUUUCAAUCUGAAUAAACACUUUCAAGAUCCUCUUUUGGUAUGUGAUCAUUACCAUACAUGUGACCAACCCACAUGAUUUUGCUACUAGUUUGGUUCAAUCCUAUGGUAGGAAUAGAAAGCAGAACCAUUUUGCGUGAUUAAAGCCAUCUUAGUGACAUGUAAGCCAAACCGGAGACUCAAACGAAUCAAAAGGGACUUUUCUGAGUUUGGACUAUUGGAAUCUCAGAAAUUUCAACCAGUAGGUUCGAAAGGAACGUACUGCAUUUUUCUUUUUAGAAAACUUAAUUUAAAAAGAUGCUUGGAGAAGCCUUCUUAUUUGAACUCUUAUAUAAAGAACAGAAAUAUGCAAACUGUUGCACACCACUUAUGUGUAGGAAGACCUCAAAUGAUGAAAAGGAAACUCGCAAAAGUAAACUUCCGGAUAUAGAAGACAAUUUACUUUCCCCGGUGAAGAUGGAAAAUCAAGAAAAGACUGUGAAAGGAUGCUUAAUAGAACAAAAUAAUGAUAUAAAUCAAAUAAAACCUGUGGAUGAGGUAACUACGACAACGUGCAAAGGCACAUCUCUUCCAGGAAAUGUGACCAUUGCAUUACCCAUCCCAAAGAGAGAACAGCAUGAUGAAAGACAAUUGGAUUUGUAUCGAUCUUGGUCAUGUACAAGUAUUUGCCAGAAUUACCCUGACCUACAGAUUGGAGGUGACCGUGUGGGCAACAUGUACGAUUCAGGCUGCUUUGUGGAACACACACAUGAAGAUGUUUUUAAUGGUCCCCUUUUACUUUCAGUGGAUAUAGCACUGGGUCAUUCGCCUGUCAUUGAGCCUCUAGAGAAACUGCCUGCCUCAAAGUUUUUGAAUGGGGAUGAAAUACGUGAAAAAAGUAUCUUGUUUCAUAAGCAGCCUCUCUCUAACUCCAUGCUUAACAGUUAUAUGGAAAAAAAAGUGGAAGAACUCUACAAACAAUUUUUGGAAGAAAAUCUCACCAGGUGCCGCUCUAUAACCAAUCUUAUGGCUUCCAAUUUGCUAAUGAAUAAUGUAAAUCAGAUUAGCCUUCAGAUCUCUCAAGAGCAGAACAUAGAGGCAUCAAAAGCUCGGGACGCUCUCCUGCAUUCUCUAGUACUGUAUAAUCGCCGAAAUGUUUCUCACAGAAACAGUUCUGAAUUCAGCACACCUAACUUACAAAUAUCAAAUCAGACCAGUAGGGAACUUGUGUAACAUCUGCGUUGGUAGGACUGACUGAAGAAACUGUAGUAGUAAUAAUCAUUAUUGCAUUUUUUUUUAAGAACUGGUUUGACUUGUGGCAUCUAAAAUACUGUGGGGGACAACUAAGCUUUAUGGUUUCAGUUUUUAUUGUCUUGAUUGAUGUUUGCCACAUUUGAGUAUGUAUGCUCUGUAUGUGCUUAUCUAGUUGCCUCUGGCACCCCAAAUUAAUUAUCUCACUGUCAUUUAGUUUGUAUACCACAAGGUAGGAUGAGGCGUGCAUUAUUGAUCUAAGCUACUGAAAGAAUCUUCAGAAGCGGUAUCAAAGAGGAGCAUUUUUCUCUCCACAAGUUGGUUAAAGAUAUAUACCUACUCUGUAAGUAGCCUUGAUUACUACAUACGUACAUAGAGUCUCUUUUUACAAUGCAAUCAGAAUAGCCUAGGAGAAAUUGUUGGAUAUAAAGGAACUUUAAAAAGCUCAUGAACCAUGGAGUUAAGGGGUGCUUACUUUGGUGUGAACAUUUUUGAGAUUCACUUUUUUUUUUUUUUUUUUUGUGAGUAACAAACAUUCCCAGGAACUAAAAUCACACACACACACUUGG